CAGAUAGAUAGAUAUAUAGAAAUCUAGACGGCCCGAAUUGGUUUCAGCUUGGUUGUGGUACAGUUAUCAUACAGUUGUCAACAUGAAAGUUCUGAUUUUCCUCACUUUGAUCUGCGCUGCAGCUUCUCGCUCCUCUCUUCUCAAGACUGUUGUGAAAAGAUCACCUAUUCGUUCUCCUCUAGCUACUGAGUCCAUAAACCAAGUGACAGCUCCCUUAUCCUUCCCUUUCUAUACCUACCCUUACACCAGCUCUAUAUACAAACCCUACCCUCAGUACCCGAUCAACUAUCCAUACUUCACCCACCAGGGCCUGGUGUACCAACCUUCUCUGACCCUCACACAUCCUGUUGUACGACUAGGCAGCCAGUACCCACGUGCUUUACAAUCCGUUUCUGCUGUACAACCCAUCUCUGUUGUACAACCCAUCUCUGUUGUACAACCCAUAACUGGUGUACAACAGACUGUUGCACAGCCUGCAUUGGAACAAGUUGUAACAAGUCCUGAGCGUACAGUUACCAAGGGUGAUGAAGAGGCGGCAGCCUUAGCACUUUAAUCAUCAAUCAAUCAAUCAAAAUCAAGAAAUCUUUCCACUUUAAAGCAGCUAUAUUACAUAUUGAAGAAUGAAUCCCUGUGAUUUUGUGAUUUAUUAGAUCUAUUUAUUAAACCAUAACAGUUCA